AUGAAUUAUCAGACGAUAUCAUGGUUCAUUUAUAAUACUUGCAGUCACUGCACCAUCAAAUUUAACGACGUGCCCUUCCAGAAGCAGUCCAGAAACAAAAUUCCAUUGUAUGAAAUUGAGCACAGCAUCCUCCUGAACAAAUCACAGCGCGACAAAGUUGCCCAGGCCAUCACCCACACCCACACCCGCAAGUUUGCCACUCCUAGCUUGUUCGUGAAUGUCCGCUUCACGGAUGCUAAUAGCCAGCAUAAUUAUGUGGCCGGCAAGGAGCGUGCCAUUAACCGCAUUAUGGCGUAUGUUCGGGUGGGUGGAACACGAACAACGGCCGACUUUGAUGACCUUGCGCAGCGUCUCUCGGAGGCUUGGGAUAAAGUUGUCACUAAGAACGGAGGGGCUUCCAAGGAGAGACAACUGAAUGCCGUGUUUGUGUUGGGUGCAAUUACGACAGGCACGGAGAGCGGGUUUCUGUUACCGCGGGCUGGAGAGGAUGCUAGUUGGCUCAAGUCUAAUGCUACGAAGUUCCAGGAGCUGGCGAAGCAAGGGGAUGGGGACUUUGCUGAGUUGGUUGGAGAGAUGCGGAGUAGGGAUGAUCUAGCUGUUUAA